ACGUUCAGUUUUGCACCGUGAUGCGCGAAUAAUUCGACACCGUCGUUGCCCACCAGCCGUCGCCCGCCGCGUCGCGUAAACUCUCGCCCCGUUCCUCCAACGGUGCCAUGUUUGUUGUUUCUGUUUGUGACGUUUCAAAUUCGGUUUCUUGAGUGUGUAUGUGUGUGUGUCUGUGCGCGCUUAGGUGUGAGCAGGGAGAAGUGAGUGGAGGUAAUGGUGUGGUUCGGCAUUUGAUUUAAAAAGAUCCGACCUAGCAAAGCACUUGUGGGCAAAAGCGGGACGAACGGCGGACGAGCGAAAAAGAAGGCAGCAUAGAAUGGGUUUAAGUUGCAGGCUACUCCUGCCGAAGGAGUGGUGUGAGUGGUGAACCGAUUCCGGCAAAACGGCCGCUUCUCACAUAUUUCCAUCCCACCCCUCCCUCCUCCACCCCUUCCCCAUUCCUCGACGACUUCCUAUACUUAUGGCAGUUGCGAGAGGAAGGUGUGUGUCUGCCGUCCAAGAACACACCGAUCGGAUGACGAUGUCGGAAGGAAGUUUCCCUUUUGGAAGCGAUUGAUCGUGGUAGCAGCGGGAACAGCAGAGCAGGGCAGGGCAGGGCUGGUCGUGGCAUGCCAGGACGGGUUUGUAGGAGUAUGUGGGGAUGUGGCAAAACCUACACCAACAGCGGCGGCAUCAUCGGGCAUUAUCAAUGUGAGCGCAGAGAGCUCCAAAGCAGAAGCAAACGGGAAUGAAUUGGAGAAUAAUACGUGAAGGUGGAAUAAUGAGGUGCCUGAAGACGGCGUGAGCGGACCCGGGCCACUGCUGCGAAAAAGGAAUGGCCGAUAGUUGAGCGAACGAGACAAACGUCACCGUCAAGAAUCCGUGUGUUUAACGGAAAACGGAAAGAAUUCGUACGGCAGUGUAGCAGCAGUAGGCGGCUCACCGUAUGCGUGCGUGCCAGGUUGUGCGUGUAGGAACGGUCUGUUUGCAAGUGUGCGUGUGUGCUCGCUGAGAUAUGUGCGGUGGAUAUAAAAUCAAUAGUUUUUAUUUGUGCAAACAGGUAGUGUAACGUCGUGAUAAUUACAAUGUGAAUGCUUGCUGCUGUGCAACUUAUCGUCAAGAAAUAGUGCCACACAUUCAUCCGAUAAAGUUCAGUUUACAAAAUCGCACUCAUAGUUCUCUGUGCCUACGCGUGCUGUGUUGAUGUGGCGAGCAAACCGUUUUUCUUAUUGUUCAAUUUCGUGUGUCCCCGUCUGUUCAUGUACAUUGCUGGUGGAAACGUUUUACAAAAGUGCCCUGCUUAAAGUGGCACAUCUAAGAAAAGGGAAGCACUCAUUCACCAGUGAACAGCAGGAAUAAUUUAUAGUGACCGCAGUAAGCCCAAUGACAAACGCGUUCGACAAAGCUUAACCACACUUCCGGCGAAUAGUCAUCUAAGUGUACGGAUGGUAGCUAGUGGUAGCAACGAAAGUUUCUACAGAUCAAGCUCAGAGAGGAUUCUUCACGAUGGGGACCAUAUUUCUAUAAAAAACGAAAUGCAUCGAAUUUGAUCUCCACCAUCAUCAACGAUGUGCUUUGGUUUUGAAAUCAGCACUCGACGUGCGGAAAUCGUUCUACUGCAUUGGUGUGUCGUGUAGACCGGCAGCAGCAGCAUCCGUUGCACUGCAGUUGUACGACCUGGGGGCGAAUGUUCAUCUUGAGGUUGGAACUACAUCCUGCCACACGCCAGACUGCAUCCUCCCCACUCUUCCUCGCUGCCGGUUUACAGAGGGUGCUUAUUAAUUGCAAUCGUUUCGGAAUGUUCAUGUCCACGGCUUGAACGUCACAGCAGUGCAAAAGACACUAGCAUAAGGUGUUUCGUUUGGGGUUUGAAUGAGUAGCAGCAGGCCACGCAAAAGAAGCACCAUUAAGCAGCAGCAACGCAUACACUUACACAUUCCAGCGUUUCCUGGGACAACGACGAGUGUACAAUCGAAAACGGCGACAAGCUUUGCGCUAAAGCAAAGGCAAUUGACGGCAUUGCAUAUCAGUGUGUGAAUGAUCCUAAAGCGAGGAGGAUGGGUUUCGUCCUGAUAUGUGAGAAAGUGUACCGCUACACAGCUUGUAUGUGUAAAUGGUCAGAACAGGAGUAAUCUAUUCGAACGAGCACGUAGCCAACGAUUCGUACAAUACACAGACGGCCAUUUAUUUACCUUUUCAAGCGAUUCCACCCGAGUGCCUGAAAAUUGAUGCGAAUUAUGGCCUAAUGAACAAGAGUGAAGGAAAUGCAGAGGACACAAAAUUGAACUUGCACACCAACAGAUAAGCACCAUUAAAUUUGACGUAUAUUAUAUUCCUGCUUCCCAAACAAAAUGAAAAAGAUUCGCUCAUUUUUAUAAAACUAGACCUGUAACUACUACUCGUGUGCGUGGGAAAGAGCACAACAACACCAACAAAGGGAGAUAGAGAGAGAAAUCCAAGACUACAUGACACUGUCAAGGGCUGGCUAACGUAAUUACGAUCUCGAUUGUUACUACUAGCUAUCAGAAAAGGUUGCAGACCACACUGGCCAUCGGUCAGGUUGGUAAUAAAAGCUGAGUAGAAAUGAAGACGAAAUACAACGACAGCAGCGUAUUGCUUUGCCUGUCCACCUUUAUCCGUGCUCAGCGAUUGCAAUCUGGCAUUCAGUGCAUCCGGUGCAUGUGCAAUCAACCACCACGUACGGGUUCGGUGCUCUAGAAGCGACCAGUCAGUCGUGUGUCCUUCCGGUAUCCGCCGGGGCCGCCGUGCGCGAUUGUUGUGUGCCGUCAGUGACGCCAUGUACGUUAUCAACCCCUCGCCGGCAUCGCAAGAUCUACAACCGACCGCCAGCAGUUACGUUGCCGCGCGCCAUUCCGAAUCGAUUGAACUCGGGCAGCAGCAGCAGCACAAAGAAAUCCUCAGCCAAAUAUUGACAAAAUGCAACGCCGACAUGUCGGACCAGGUGGCCAAUUUUAGCUGCCCUGAUGAGAAGACUCCCCCGCGAUCUGCUGCAGUACCGGUCAAGGAAGAGGCAAAAUCUCCCGCGUCGUCGUCACCUGCUGCCACUCCGGCACCAUCGUCAUCACCGUGCUCUGAGGUCGGGAGCGGACACGGUGCAAAACCAACUCCGGCAGCGGCAGGUUCGUCACCGAAGGAAGCAAGCAGCACACCUGCUGCUGGCGAAGGAAAAACGGGGCGACGGACAGAUGGCGAAAUCCGGUCGCCACUUCCCACACUUAAGCGGAGCCCCUCGCUGGACGGAUCACCCCUCUCAAGUGCAAGCUCUUCCAAUGCAGCUUCCCUGUCGCCGUCGUCCUUGGACGGGCCAGCCAAAUCCACUCCACCGAAGUCCGAGCCGAUGGCCGAGCCGGUUCAAUCGCUUGCGGUGGCAUCGCCCGUCUCGUCCAACUUUUCCAGCGUGGUGCAUCCGAAAGAGCGAGCACUUAAGUCGAUCGCGGCAGCGGCCGCAUCCAAUGAACGGAAUAAUGCCACCAACGGCGGCAGCAGCAGCAGUACCAGCACUCCAGCAAAACCAGCCAGUAAAGCCGUCGGAGCGGUCAAUGCUGGCGGAAGAGCCGUGCUGAAUGGAACCGGCUCCUCCUCCGCUACUGCGACGGGCACGACGGCGCACGGUGGCAGGCUGCAGUUUUUCAAAGACGGAAAAUUCAUCCUGGAACUUGCCCGUGCACGAGAGGGUGAAAAAACCAGCUGGAUUUCGGUUCCGCGUAAAACCUAUUGGCCACCGACCGUUUCCUCUACCAGUGCCAACUUUCAUAAGCAUGAAAGUUCUACUUCACUCAGCUUUUCAGAUGACAACAGCUCCAUCCAGUCUUCGCCCUGGCAGCGGGAUCAUUGCUGGAAGCAGGCGAAUCCUCGUCCGAACAUUUCGAAGGAGCUUUCGCUUUACUACUUUCGCCCGCUAAAAGCACGUGGUCAUCUAACGCACGAUCGCCGGUCAUGGUGUCGGCGUAAACGACGCCGUCCUUACGACUCCCAUCUUCCACUGGAAAUUAAAUCAAAGCCUCAAGCGCAAAAAACAACAACAGUGGAAAAUGGAAAUGCCAAGAAGGAUGAUUCCGAUCACAAGGAGGCACAAUCGGCAACUGGGCAAGAAGAUGGUGAAACCACCGAGAAUCUUCGGGAUAAGUGCAAUGGCACUACACCGAUGGACACAUCUGAGAAGACAACGGCAGCGGGUGAAAACAAUGUAAAGAAGCGGAAAGGCACAAAGCAGGAUGGGCCCAUGGUGGAGGAUGAUGAUCACAAGCAAAGCAAUGGUCAUCAUCCACCAGCAAACGGGGGCACACAUUAUAGACCUCCCCGUUGCAAGCGUCCCGAGGGAAAGGAUCUAGCUUCAAUCAUUAAAACACUGGUCGAGCACCAGCAAACAAAGUCCAUCAACGCCCCGGGAGCUUCUGCUGGAGCAGGUACCGCAAUUGGCCCGUUUCGUCUCGGAACAAUACCAGAACGGGGGAACAGUACUAGCUCGACAAGUUUUCGCAGCUCUGUGUUUGCCAGUUCGGCCGCUUCGCAGCAUGUUUCUCCACGCAAAAGAAUCUUGCGGGAGCUGGAGAAGGUUUCACUGGACGAUGCUGGUAGCAGUGGCACGAGCAGCACCAAAAGAUCUCGUCCGAAGGCAGGGUCUGCUGCAGGUACGCCUGUCAUUGUGACGGCAACAACUGCAACGCCCCUGACGACACUGACCACGAAUGGUACGGGAAGUCCGCUGAAUGGUGGCGCCAGCAGUGGCAGUAAUAGCAGCAGCAACAGCAGCAGUAGUAACAGCAAAACAAACGGACACCUUAACGGUUCUGGAUCUAUUGCUAACGGUACAACCGGGGCCGGUGGAAAACAGCCAAUUAAUGGAGCUGGAAGUGGCAUAUCUCCUGUAACGAAUCCUGCUCCUCCAGUUCCGGCUCCUGUAUCAAGACCAUUUAGCAGUUAUAGCAUAACGUCACUGCUGGGGCACAACACAAGCAGUAGCGGUGAAACAUCGUCCUCUGCGAACUUCUCCCCCUCUGAUGCGAUGCAACGCAAAACGGACGUAUCGGUGGCGUCGGUCACAUCAACAGCUAGUCAUCAUCUCUAUCACCAUCCGCAGCAUCCACUGUCACCACACCACCAGUAUCAGGGAUCACUGUACUUGGGGAAGGAACCGUUAGCCGUUGGCUCCAAAUCUCCGAUAAUGGCGGAAUCCAUCAAUCACGCACAUUAUCAGGGCCAGCUUGGAUCUACUCGGUACGGAUAUGGCGCCAAGAAACGGUCCCCUAGCUACGGUGGAGGGAGUGGCACUGCAGCAUCUCCUGGGGCUACCUCCGGAGGGAGCAGCGUAGACCCGUGUGCUAAUACGAUCCGUUCCCCAGACCUAAGUCCUAGUCCUGAGCAUCAUCAUCAUCAGCAGCCGCAGCAUCAGCAUCAGCACCAACAGCAACAGCAGUCGCAUACAUCUGCGCAACAUUCACAUCAUGGGCUUCAUCAUACGCCGGGUUCUGCUUCAUCAGGCGGAUUUUCACGCUACCGACAGCACCCGUACGGUGGCAGCCCAAGUAGCUACUCGUCUGCACCUUCGUCUUCCCGUUUUUCCCCUUCACCGAGUACGAACGAUUCAGCGACCACACCACCAUAUUCUGGAUCUGGUGCAGCAACGGGAGGUGCACGAUCGGCAAUUUCCUACCGGCCUGGUUACCAGCUUGGUGGAAGCAGCAGUCAAGGACAUUCCCCUCCUACCAGCAAUGGGUCACCGCAGCAUUAUUCUCGCGCGUCACCAUUAAACUUUGGCCGUGGAACUCAACUGUCACCUCCGCCACCAUUGGGAUCGCAGCAUCAUAAUCGUACUGCCGGUACGUCCUCAUCGCCCCGUGCAUCUCCAAGUAGUGGUGGCGGUGGCGUAACAACGAGCCACGCUUCCACACCAACGUCUGCCAUGGCCUCGCUUACGACUGGCACGUCGCCAGGCUCUACCAUACGAACGGUUCCGAAAAAGACGGCCGCCUUACGACAGCCCUUUUCCGGUGGGCAUUCACCUUCUUCCUCCUCACCAUCGCGCGAGCGUUCCAACUCGAACGCUUCCAGCUCUUCACACAAAAAAGAUCUCCACCCAGAAGGGUCGGACUCGGUUGAUGGGGCUCCUUUAAACCACUACGGCACAACGCCCUCCUCGCCCGCCGGAGUAAUAAGACCGAACACGGUAAUCGCAUCGCCAACAGCGCACCAUCCUGUGCCGAAUGCUUUCUACCCCCUGUAUCAAGCCGCUCAGUUGGGCGCGCCCUCCUCAUCUUCUUUGAUGAAUGCUGCAGCCGUAGCCGCUGCUACAUCUUCCGUUCCAUUCCAUCCCGCGACACUUACGUACUACCAGCAAAUGUACACUGCGGCCACAAUGGCUGCAUAUCGCACGCCGCUUUGGAUGCACUACCCAGGGCUACCGGGGGUGGCACCGCACGGUCCACCGCACGGUCCACCGCACAUGAUACAACCGCAUCAUCAAGCCCCGCCACCUUCAUCCGUCGCGCCAAACAUCUCCUCAGCUGAUCGACGUCUUAUUGAUCGGAGUCCACCUACUCCACCACCACCGCCACCACAGCCCACAUCUGGAUCGUCAAUCACGGAUCCUGCAGAAUCGCAACGACUACAACAUUCCAUCCUAGCCACACCUAGCUCAACAGCAGCCCUCAACUAUAGCGUCACGGCGCUUUCCUCAUCCUCGCGCGAUAUCAUCAACGGUGGUAGUGCGUUUACGUCACCGAGUGGAUCGAGUUGGCCUACAGAUGCUGUCGGAUAUCAACAUCAUCCCGACCAUUCCGCUCGUUCGACUGCUGCAGUAUCGGGGAUAGCGUCGGCAACCGCCAAAGAUGAGACCAGCAAUGGUGAGUGCAAUGAAGGACUGCGAUCAUCAUACGUUCCAUUAAACCUGUCCAAACACUAGGAAAAAAUCAACAUCAGCCAAAGGCGAAUAACAAAUAGCAGCAGCAACAGCAGCAGCAGCAGCAGCAGCAGCAGCAGCAGAAGGUACAGCCGCAAGUGAUCUGAAUUCUUUUGUUGCGUAGAUCGUGCAAAAGAUCUGACGACUUCUUGUUCACUUGCUUAAGAAGCAAGAUGACCAAAACAUCAGUAGAAAACGGGCACAAGGACAACAAAGAAGGUGGGGCAUAUCACGUAAUGUUGGGUCCAAAAUGAAUGUAAUGGAGUCGCUGUGAUUAUUCAUUUUGUGGCAGGUAUUACCUACCGAUAAACUUUUGGUUAGGAAUGAAAGCAGCACGAGAAUCGCGAGCCACUAGUUUUAAGAAAACGGCAUAAAUUAUAACAGCAACUUUUCAGACAAACCUUAGGCUUGUCCUUAUUUUGUGCUACCGUACAGAAAGACUUAGCACCAUGCAUGGUAGAGCAUGGAGCAAGUGAAGAGAAAUAGAGAGAACAUUUUGUAAACAAAAAAAGAAACACUGGAAAGGAAUCAACUGCAUAGAGACAUACUAUUUUUGCUAAGUAACAUUUAAACGCCCGUGUUUGGUCGCUGGUGGGUGUGUGUGUGUGUAUGUUGGCAUACUCAAUCACAUGAAACAAAUAUCAUUGGGUUUGCAUGUACUGUCUAUUUUACGUGUAUAAUCAUAUUUGUUGUUUUGCAACAUUAAGAAAAACAACAAAACAAAGAGAAGGUAGGAACAAUGUAAACCGUUGGAAAAUGAGAAGUUUUUUUGGCUCAUUAUUUUGGCCAUGAAAAAGGUUUUUUUCCAUAAACUUGACCAGUUUUUCGCUUUAUUCAAUUUUAAAUAUAUUUAUCUUUGAAUGACUUGUUUCCUUAGUUGGAUAUUUUGUUUAUUGCUUUCGACAUAGACGUGUCUGAUAUUUAUAGCAAAUGGAGUCUCAUAGCUCCGUGGGUUUUGUGUCCUUGUACUUGUGUUGAAGUAUGCUCUGGAUAAUAAUUUAAAAAUUGGUCAGAUUCGAGUUUUAAUUAUUUAAAUCAAUAAUCUUGGCAAAGAUGACAAAUUGUGUCAUGUUUCAAUGUUCCAGCGUUGUUUCAAGCUAUACUUUAAUUUGCUCAGCGCAUCAUGUUCAAACGGCUAUUGAUGAUAUUGUAAUGGUCUGUCUAUAAAUGAUGUGAAACACUUUGCGCUAUGAAGGGCUUUUCCGGUGUAUAUGCAAUUGAUGUUAGUGAUACAUGUGUUUGAAGUGAGAGUAUAAACGAUAUUGCACAACAAAAGGUGAAUGAGAACGACAAGCUGGUUAAAGUGAAAGUGGUGCGCACACUUUUCCAUCAAGCAGUAGUUUUAUCAUGGUGAACUGGAAUCUCACGUAGCAAAUAACAAGAGCAAAAACGAAAUUGAGCGUAAUGAAAAUGAUUUUAUUUUAGUCUUGGACAGUGCGUGAGAAAACAUAACAAAAACUCUGCUAUGUGGGUAGAUGCUAUUGUUGUUAGACAUAUGAAACAAAAAUCAGAAAUGUAUUUUGUUCCAUGCUCCUUGUCUUUUGCUACAGACUGAAACAAAUAAAUUGUAGAAUAUUUAGCGUGUGCACUAUUUACACCAUACAAACGAGGAUUGGAAGAGAUAAAACAGCGCAUAUAGAGAGAUAUUCAUGAUACUAAAACAAAUAAAUACACACCCACAUACACAUACAGAAGAAACCAGAUAUCGAACAAAGAUAGAGGAAAUAUUUUUCGCUAUUUUUAUACAACCACUUUGAUGGGGGCGACAGUUUAUUAUAGAACUAUUUGCGAUUCAGAAACGAGUACAUUGAAUACUAUAUAUACAAAACUUUACAAACACAUUUAUAUACAAUCACGUGUCCAAAGUUUAAUAGAGAGAGAGGCAUUGAUAUGCUUAUUGUAUUGUCCUUAAGCGAAAGAGAAAUGUAAUCCCGGAGAUGAAGACAUUUUUUACGGCAUUAGAAUCGUCAAAAGUUUGAUAAACAAAUUUAACCUCUUGCAAACGUGAACAAUGAACAAAAUCUAGUAACAAAAACAUAUUGCGUGCCUUGGAAGAAAAUGAAAACAAAACAAACAAACAAACCAAC